GUGUGAAGCCUAACAUAGUCUCCUUCUAUAUAUACUGCUCCCAUAAACAAAACUCAAAGCACUUGCCAAAGAUUAUUAUAUUCACUGCAUUCAACCCAUCCACCAUGAAACAUAAUACUUAUAAUAAUAUUAUGGUGCUGCUUGUUUUUCUUCUAUUCAUUUGCAAAUUUGAGUAUUGUUACUCAAAUAAUGGUAGCUGCAUUGAAGUGGAACGAAUUGCUCUUCUCAGGUUCAAGGAGAGCCUAAUCGAUACAUCAAACCGUCUCUCCUCAUGGACCGGUCUUGAUUGUUGUGCAUGGAAAGGAGUUUCUUGUGGCUCUGUAACUGGUCAUGUUUGGAAGCUUGACUUACAUAACCUAGUUACACCUACAGUUACAUAUGAUGAAGAUGAUGAUGAUGAAGAUGAUGAUGAUGAUGAUUUGUCCAGAGUUAUGUCAAACUAUAGCAACAACUGCUUGAGAGGUGAGAUUAGUCAUUCUCUAAUCAACUUGACAUAUUUGAAUUAUCUUGAUUUAAGUUGGAACAAUUUCUCUGGAAUUCAAAUUCCUAAAUUCUUGGGUUCUUUAAAAAACUUGAGGUAUCUUAACCUCUCAAUCUCUGGUUUUGUGGGAAAUAUUCCCCCACAUCUUGGGAAUCUUUCGAGGCUAGAAUAUCUCGACCUUGGAAACGGUGAUGGUGUCCAUCAUUUGUGGAUUGUAACUAAUGACUUGGUUACAAAUAACUUGGAUUGGUUGGCCAGCCUUUCUUCCCUAAAAAGCCUUUACAUGUCUUCCAUUCCCAUUCAACAAAGUGAAAAUUUGUUUGGUACAAUCAAUAAACUUGUAUCUCUCUCUUAUUUAAACUUGGCUUUCUGUGGCCUUGAAAUUACCAAUCCUCCUUCUUCACAUGUUAAUUCCACUUCUCUCAUCUCCCUGGAUCUCAGUGACAAUGCAUGGGAUGCCAUGGCCUUUGUAUGGUUAUCUAAUCUCACAAGACUUGAGAAUCUCAAUCUACAUUAUAUUCACAAUUUAGCUUUUAGCUUCAAUUCUUCACAGUUUAUUCCAUUUUGUAAGCUCCUCAAUUUGGUUUCCAUGGAUCUCAGUGUUAAUCAUAUUCAAGGUCUGAUUCCCCAUUGUUUUGGAAAUUUGACUUCUUUAACCUCUCUUAACUUAGCAAGCAAUAGGUUGGAAGGUUCAAUUCCAAAUAGCAUAAGUCGUGGUCUUUGUAGAUUGCAAAGUCUAGAUUUAUCUGAAAAUGAACUAAGCGGGUCGUUGACGGAUUCCUUAGGAGCUUCAUCUGAGUGCCUUUCAUAUAGUUUGCAAUUGUUAUUCUUAAAUGGAAACUAUUUUACUGGUCAACUACCAAAUCAGUUAUACAUGUAUAAAAAUUUGAAUAGACUUUAUCUCUAUUCAAAUUCCCUCUCUGGUCUCAUAUCAGAUUCACUUGGAAAUUUGUCAAUGUUGUCUCGGUUAGAUAUUUCUAACAACAAGUUCAGUGGUAGCAUUCCUUCACUUGGAAACUUGUCAAUGUUGUCUCGGUUAGAUAUUUCUAACAACAAGUUCAGUGGUAGCAUUCCCACAAGUCUUGGACAACUUUCAAACCUUGUCGAGUUAGAGAUAUUCAAUAAUUCCUUCCAGGGCAUUCUCUUUGAAUCACAUUUUUCAAAACUUACCAAUCUCAGAGUGUUAGAUAUAUCUGAAAAUUCAUUAUUUCUUGAUGUAAGCUCCAACUGGAUUCCUCCUUUUCAAUUGGAACACAUUGAAAUGUAUUCAAUCAAAGUUGGCCCUCACUUUCCACAAUGGCUUCGUACCCAAACAAAACUUCAUUCCCUAUCCAUGUCCAAUGCAAGCAUCUCAGAUGCUAUCCCUGAUUGGUUUGGAAAUUUCUUCUGGACUUGCAGUUAUAUUGAUCUCUCUAAAAAUAAUAUUAGAGGAGAACUCCCCAUGAGUGUUGAAGUUGGUUACAUUGGAUUUGAUUACUUCUGUAGAUUCAAGUUUUCAAGCAAUCAUUUGACUGGUGAAAUUCCCAAGUGGUUAUGCAAUUUAAAAUAUUUAAUGGUCCUUGAUAUUUCUUCAAAUAAGUUGUCUGGAGAAAUACCUUCGUGCUUUGGAAAACUACAAGAGUUGGAAUAUUUAGAUUUGGGGAAUAACCAUUUACAUGGCCACAUUCCAAAUUCAUUGGGAUCUCUCAGUAGCCUCCGCUCUCUGCACUUGCAGAACAACAAAUUUGAAGGGGGACUCCCUUCAAGCUUCCAAAAUUUAGGAAGCUUGUACACCUUAGAUUUAAGUGAAAAUGGAUUAAUGGAUGUUAUUCCCCCUUGGAUCGGAGAAAACCUAGCAAGUCUGAUGUUUCUUAAUUUUCAGAAAAAUAAAUUCUUUGGAGAUAUUCCAUUGCAAUUGUGUUACUUGAAGGGUCUUCAGUUGUUGAACUUGGCAAAUAACAAUAUAUCUGGGCCUAUCCCUCGGUGUUUCAACAACAUCACUACAAUGGUCAGCGACUUAGAUUACUCUGAUUAUGCAUUCCAUGUAAUUUUUGAGGAAAACAGUGAUGAAGAUAUAAAAGGAUUGGAAUUGGAGUAUACUACAAACCUUGAAUUUCUUAAAUCCAUUGACCUUUCAGGGAAUCAAAUCACUGGAGAGAUCCCAAUAGAAGUGAUGAGUUUGCAUGCAUUGAAUAAUCUAAAUCUUUCUAGAAAUAAUCUGAGUGGGAAUAUCCCUCAUACAAUUGGCAAUCUGAGCAAAAUUGAAUCUCUUGAUUUGUCAAUGAAUGCACUCUCCGGUCCCAUUCCUCAAAGCUUAUCAUCAUUGAAUUUUUUGAGCUAUCUGAAUCUGUCAUUUAACAAGUUGUACGGAAGAAUACCAACCGGGCCUCAACUCCAGACCCUCGAUAAUCCAUCCAUUUAUAUUGGGAACGAAGGACUUUGUGGUGUCCCGCUUUUGAAGAGUUGUCCUGGUGAUGAUAAACCGUCAUUUGUUAAGCAGCCUACAGAAACCAAAUUAACCAAUGAUGAUCAUGAAUUUUUGAUGUGGUUCUACGCCGGUUUGGGACCUGGUUUCUUUGUUGGAUUCAUUGGAGUACUAUGUACUCUACUGUUCAAGAGAUCUUGGCGCUAUGCAUAUUUCAAAUGUCUGGAGAUCACUUUCAACAAAGUGUUUUGUUGCAUUUCAAUUAAACGGAACAGGCGUUGAUGGCAUUGGGGGUUUCCUUUGCGAUAAACGAACUUGUUGCUUAUGUAUGUACUUCUGGCAAUAUAUGUUGCAGUAGCAAUAUGAUCGAUGCUUUAGUUUGUUUUUUGUAAUAAUUUGUUUGCCAUAUAUUGGAUUCAAUCUGUUCUCAACAGAUUUGUUGGUUAGUGUUUGUCUUAAACCAUGUCAUUUAUAAUUAUAAUUGAUUUGAUAUUAUGAUGUUGUUUUUAUAAAGAGGUGUUUGAUAAAUGGUGUAUCUGUUAAUUUUUCACAAAUUUAUUUAACUUUAAAUUA